AUGUAUUAAUUUAAGCCCAGAGAAUCCAGGAAUUUUGUCAAAAAACCAAUCUCCAGAAAAUUUUGCUUCUUCGAAAUCAAAUCCAACUGGAGUAUCCUCAAUCAAAUUAUGAUUUCGCUCUUCCUACUCACAUUCAUCACUUUAUUGUUUGUUACCUCCCAAGUUAUCAUUGGUCUCUAUGUCAGCAAACACUUUUUCACUCUAUUUGCUGAAACUGCAAUCUAAAAUUACACAAAAACUUUGUAUACAGCCGAAGCCAAGUGGUUGCAGAUUACAGUAUAAAAUUAAUCAUCAUUCGAUUCUGCAUUAGUUUAAACUUAUCCCAUAGUCGAUAAUUAAUCCAUUAUGGAAACCAUUUAUUUUGUACUUCUAACUUCAUAUUAUUAGGCUUCCCAAUUAUAAAAUAGCAAUGAUACAUUUUCUAAAUGUGUUAAUAGUACUUGCUAUCUAGCUGGAAAUUAUUAAAAUUCCUCGAAUUCUUUCGUAGUAGUAACUAAUCAUCAGUAAUCAAGCUUUAUAUGGACAAUAUAAAUGAGUACAAUUAAGCUGAUGAAAUUUUAUCAAGUUCAGAUAUUGAAUUCAAUGAAAAUCUGCUCUAUACUAUUUAUUUGAUUAGUGGCUCAUUCCUAUUAAUCUUGUUACUUGGAUGGAUAUUCGCUUAUUACAUCGUACGUCCUCUUAAAAAGUUAGCAGAGUAUGCAUAACAUAUCAAUUAAAAUACUACUCGUUUAUCAACUGGAAAACGCAGCAAAUAAAAACCAAUAGAAUUACAAGAUAUAACAGCAUAAGAUAAAAUAGGAGAGCUGGUUGAUGAAUUUAAGAAUCUCAUUUAAGGGUUAGCUGGAUUGAAAAAGGGAAACGUAAUCUUGUUAAUAUUUCUAGAUAUAAAAAAAAUCUUAAGAAAUUAAACCUUUUUUGGAAGGAUAUGAAAACUAAAACUAAGAUUAAUUUUAGGAACUAUUGACUGAAAUCAAUAAAAUAGAAGAGGAAAAACAAGUUGGUUAAUUUAAUUAUGAUUUCAUUUGA